GCCAAGAUCGUGGCGCGGUGGCCGCGCGCGGCCCCCUGCCAUCGACAACCACUCAAGAACGCACUUGGGCGCAUCAUCUUCAAGUGCUGCGAGGCCCCCGGCAUCCGCUGGACCUAUGUGGACGACAACAACGGCGGCGGACGCUGGGGCUGGCUCUGCGACGAAUGCGGCAAGGCGGUCAACGACCAGCAGCACUUCACGUCCACCAAGCACAUGAAGCAGCGCAGGCAGACCCAGCUCGCAAGGUAUAUGGAAGGAGAGACUCCCCACGGACUCCCUGAUUCCCAGCGGUUCAUGAUGGGAGGCGACCUUUGGAGCAUGACCGAGGGCAAAGCCACGCCGGACAUCCCGAGGGUGCAGUGCCCAGGCUUGUGCUGGGACUGGGACCUCGAUGGCGUGAAGUCCCCUAUCGAUCCCUGUGUCUACAAGCCUGACUGGGACUGGAUUUCGAUCGGUUUUCCUGGGUGCUAUGACGGGCCAGAAUACUCUCCCCCACUGGGGCUGGUAAUCAACGACGACAACGCGCGACUUCCCUGGACCAAGGCCGCCAGCCCCAAAGAGCAGACAAAGGAGCAGGAGCUCCGCGACGCAGGGCAAGCACUGGCCGGGGCGCCCGUCAUCGAAGAGUGGCACACGCAGCUCGCCAAGAACGUCGAGAGCAUCUACAGCGCCCCCUGGUACGUGGUCAAAAGCAGCGCUGCGUCGCGCCCCUGCCUCGGGCCCGUCCCUGGAGCAGUCCCGCCGCAGUCAGACUGGAUACGGCGGCUGCAGACAUACGGCAAGGAGCUCAAGAGUGUCUUCUUCACCGAGUUCUAUGCGGACGUAGAGGCUUCCCCUGCUUCGCCCCUGGAGAGCAUUGCAAAGAUCUCCUGGAUACAUAUCAACUACAGGAUCGACUCAGAGGCCAGCGACAGGGACACAGCGAAUACUACCUGCUCCUGGGACAAGAUGUGGGCCAUGGAAUGGACGGAGCGCGGCAUGACAUCGGGCACCCCUAAUCCCAUCAUGGUCUCUAAGACCUUACCGACGGUGGACUUCUUGGCUGUGAUGACCCCUGUCUGGCCCCCAGCCCCUGGCGCCAGAGUCUCGGGCACUGACCGCAGCUGCCCCUUUGGAAUGGCCUUGGUCCGCUACGACGCCAAGAAGCGCGGGCCCUUCCACGACAGCGACGCCACCGUCAGAAGACCACCCCCUGGCCAACCUUACUACAGGGUCGACCGCGCCACGAGGAUGGCCCAAUUCAAGAAGGUCAACGCCGCGAUCCGGGAAUUUUUCUCGGCCGGGUGCGAGAGGGCCGCCCUGUGGGGCACCGCCCUCCCGCCCAUAGUCUGGGCGCUCGUCUUCCGACGCGAGGGUCGCGACAGAAAGGCCAGCGCCUUGUCAGUGCCCGCGCAAGGUGUGGCAGCGGAUCGACUGCUUGCGCAGGCCUCGGCCACGCUGGAACGCGUGAUCGACGACCCCGACCAACCCGGCGCCAGCAGACGAGUGGUCGAACCGCCCCUGACACUCCAGCAGGCUGACGAGUCCCCGGCUCCGUCUUUCAGCGACUGCUGCCUGUCCCGCGGGAGGAUCACCUUCAGCGCGCCUGCGACCAGUGAGACCAAGGUCGCGGCCUGCAUAGCGGACGCCUGCAUGUCGCGCCUCGCCCCAGAAUGGGGCGUGGGGUGCUUCGGCGGCAGCGUCGGCUCCAUGGGCGCCCUGGCUGAGCAGAUCGGGAAGAACUUGACUCCGGACUGUAGCGACCUGUUCCCGCGCUUGGCCGCGCGCCUCGUGCGCGAGGGCAAGGUGAAGGGCAACGCCGCCAGGGAGAUCACCCCCGUCGCUAAGUGCGCCGAGGCGAAGCUCACCCUGGCCCCGCACGAGGCGGGCGCCGACCUCUGGGACAAGAAGUUCCUCCUCUGCCUCCUGGGCGAAGCGGGCCAGACGACCGAGCCCAUGGCUAUCGUGUCCCUGAUCCAC